UAUACAGUAGCCUAUGUAAUUCAAGCACGCUGGAAAUUAUAUAGUAAACUGUGUUAAUGAUUUACCAAUAUGAAUAAGUUAUUGGAGUUUGGGAAGAAAUUCAUGUUUUAUGCUAGGGUACUUUCUGGAUAUGAAGAGCGAAGGAUCCGAAAUUUUAGGCUGCAGCUUGAACAACGUGUACUGCAGGCACAAGCAAAGAAAGCAACCAUAAAUAAAGUACCUGAGCAGAUCAUUUUAUCUGAAAUUCAUCGUAUGGUUGAAGAGAUGCAAGCUUCUAACAAGAAGCUGGAAGAAACAGAGGUAGCCAUUGAAGAAUACUUCAAACCUCUUGACAAGGAGGCGGAGUUUUAA